AUGGAUUCCAAUUCUCCUCACAUCUUCAUUGAUCGUUUGAUCACAGAAUUGGCAGAACAGCCAGCUGGUGGACUUUCAAAGACCCAAAAACCGCUGAUGUUGACAUUGCACUGUCUAUUCCCAAAUGACUUCCUCCCUGCCCUCGAUAUCCUCGACCGCAAACUAGUACGUCAACUUGUACGAUCAGAUCAAUAUGCCACUUCCCUAGAGACAGUUCAAGAGGAUAUUUUUCUUGUGAUAUCUGCCUCGAUACCGCCUUCAUGUUCGGGUUCAUCAGUCCCUUUCCAAGAAAAGGGCUACGAGGUUCGGCUGCGUGCCUGGAAUUGCAGCUGUCCUACAUUUACCCUGUCUGCAUACCGAGACUCUCAACUCCCGGCGAAGCGUCCGACAAACGAACAGAACCAGUUGGCUUACUCAUUUGGCGGAACGUUAGCUCGUGGUACGGCUCGGGUGUCGCCUCCUACCUGCAAACAUAUCCUAGCCUGUAUUCUACAUGCACGGUGCCCUGAGCUGUUCGGAGCGGAUGGGGAUGGUAGAUUUGCCGUUUCCAAGGAGGAAUUGGCAGGCUGGUGUGCUGGUUGGGGUGGUUGA